AUGUCCAAACUUGACGUCAUCAAGACCGAGAGACUGUGGUGGAAGGAAAGCGUGGUGUAUCAAAUUUAUCCAGCCUCCUUCCGCGACGCGAACAACGACGGCCAUGGCGACGUCCGGGGCAUCAUAGAGUCACUAGACUACCUGAAAAACCUGGGAGUAUACAAGAGUCCCCAGGUAGACAUGGGAUACGAUAUCUCUGAUUACAAAGAUAUCGACCCAAAGUACGGCACCUUGGCGGAUGUUGACGAGCUCAUCGCGAAGCUUGGGGUGCGUGACAUGAAGCUAAUGAUGGAUCUCGUGGUCAACCACACGUCAAACCAACAUCCUUGGUUUCUCGAAUCCAGGUCCUCUACCGACAAUCCAAAGCGAGACUGGUACAUCUGGAAGAAGGGCAAGCUAGACAAGGACGGAAAGCCUGGCCCGCCCAACAACUGGUGUCGUAUCUUGGAUACGACUGAGUCCGCUUGGAACUGGAAUGAGAACAGACAAGAGUACUUUCUAUCCUUGUUCUCCCCAGAGCAGCCAGAUCUGAACUGGGAAAGCGAAGAAGUUCGAGCGGCCGUCCAUGACAUCAUUCGAUUUUGGCUGGACCGGGGUGUUCGUGGAUUCCGUAUGGAUGUUAUAGAUCACAUCUCCAAAGUUCAAGACUUCCCGGAUGCCGAAGAGACGAUUCCAGGUCAAAAGCUCCAGCCAGGUAACGUGUUCUAUGCCAAUGGCCCACGCUUGAGCGAGUAUCUGCACGAGAUACGUCAAGUGCUCAAUGAGUACGACACCAUCACGGUUGGUGAGAUGCCGUUCAUCAACGACGAGGACGAAAUUAUCAGCACUGUCGGACUACAGGGAUCUUUAAACAUGUUGUUCCUUUUCAAGAUCCUGAAUGUGGAUAACCAACCUGGUCGCUCCAAAUGGUCGUAUCAGGAGUGGGAUGCAACUGAUAUGGCGCGAAUCCACGAGCGAACACAGCGCCUGAUGAUUGAAAGAGACGGAUGGAACGCCAUCUUUUGCGAGAACCACGACACGCCGAGAUCCGUUUCGCGUUUCGCAGAUGACAGCGAGGAGUGGCGCGACUAUGCGGCAAAGAUGAUUUGUACCAAGCACACCACGCUUGGGGGCACAGAGUACAUCUAUCAAGGCGAGGAGCUGGGCAUGCGCAACAUCCCUGCUGACUGGCCCAUCACAGAGUACAAGGAUAUCGAGACUCAGAACUAUUGGAAAGCUGCCAGCAAGCAGUACGCCAACAAUUGGAGGAAGUUGGAAUAUGCCCGGAAGAUGAUCCAACUCAAAGCCCGUGAUCAUACGCGCACCCCAAUGCAAUGGGACAGCACCCCGAAUGCUGGAUUCUGUAAGGAAGACGUCAAGCCGUGGAUGAGAGUCAACGACGACUACCCACGCGUCAAUGUUCUAGCACAGCUCGACAACCCUCUGUCGGUCUUCUCUUACUGGAAGCAAUGCCUCAGUUUCCGUAAGAAGCACAAGGAUGUUUUUGUUUACGGCGGAUUCGAGAUCCUCGAUCCACAGAACAGGGACGUGGUAGCGUUUCGUCGCUUCUCAAAGGACGAAUGCUAUGUGACUGUGACCAAUUUCACUGGCAAGUAUCUGGAAUGGUCGGGCCUCGGCGAUCACAAGGUUGAGGAGUGGGUUAUUGGGAACCAUCCGCUUGGGCCACACAACGAUAAUCUGGGAGGCACCCUUUACUUGAGACCGUGGGAGGGUAUUAUCGGAAGAUGCUCGGAGGUUCAUCCUUAG